GUGUGCAGUGAAUGUGGGAAAACAUUCAGGUACAAAUCUUUAUUGACUAUCCACCAGAGAUUCCAUACUGCAGAAGGACAUCAGGAGUUUGGCAAAGGUAGAAAAUCCAUUAGGCAAAGGUCUGUCCUUAGUCAAAAUGGAAGGGCUCACACUGGGUCCAGGCAGUACACCUGCAGCAAAUGUGGGAAAUCCAUAAGCCACAAAUCUGUGCUUAUUCAUCCCCAGAGAGGGCACAGUGGAGAAAAUGUUUAUGUUUGCAGUGGAUGUUCAAAAUCUUUUAGCCAUAGUUCAGUUUUAAUUAGUCACAGGGUUCAACCUAGAAAAAGGCCUUAUAAGUGUGGUGACUGUGGAAAAUGUUUUACCUCUAUGUCUAUUCUCAGUUAUCAUCAGAGAACUCACCGAGGGGAAAAACCUUAUCAGUGCAUGGAAUGUGGGAAGUCUUAUAUCUCCAGUACUGGCCUCCGUUAUCAUCGCAGGGUUCACACUAGAGAAAGGCCUUAUAAGUGCCAUGAAUGUGGCAAAUCUUUUUUCUCUACUUCUGACCUCCAUUAUCAUCACAGAGGUCACAGUACAGAAAAGCCUUAUCAGUGCAAUGUAUGUGGCAAGUCCUUUCUCCGAAGAAACGUCCUCAAUGCACACAUAAAGAUUCACUCAAGUGAAAGGCCUUAUAAGUGUAAUGAAUGUGGGAAAUCUUUUAAGUGUAAGGCGACAUUCAUUAAACACCAGAGAGUUCACACAGGAGAAAGACCUUAUGAAUGCAGUGAUUGUGGAAAAUCAUUUAGUACAAGUUCUGUCCUUCGUUCUCACCAGAGAAUUCACACUGGGGAAAGGCCAUAUGAAUGUAGGGAAUGUGGGAAAUCUUUUACCACUAGUUUUGUCCUCCAUAAUCACCAGAGAGUUCACACUGGAGAGAGGCCUUAUGAAUGCAGUGAAUGCGGCAAAUCUUUUACUGCUAGUUCUGCCCUCCACUAUCACCAGAGAGUUCACACUGGAGAGAAGCCUUAUGAGUGUAGUGAAUGUGGCAAAUCUUUUACCACUAGUUCUGCCCUUCAGUGUCAUCAGAGAGUUCACACUGGAGAAAGGCCUUAUGAGUGCAGUGAAUGUGGGAAAUCUUUUACCACUAGUUCUGUCCUCCAUGAACACCGGAGAGUUCACACUGGAGAAAGGCCUUAUGAGUGCAGUAAAUGUGGGAAAUCAUUUACUGCCACCUCUGCCCUCCGUUAUCACCAGAGAGUUCACACUACAGAGAGGCCUUACGAGUGCAGUGAAUGUGGCAAAUCUUUUUUCUCUGGGUCUGAUCUCCAGUGUCACCAGAGACUUCACACUGGAGAAAGGCCUUAUAAAUGCAGUGAAUGUGGCAAAUCCUUUCUCCGAAGAAAUAGCCUCAAUGUACACAUAAAACUUCACUCAGGUGAAAGGCCUUAUAAAUGUAAUGAAUGUGGGAAAUCUCUGAACUAUAAGUCGACAUUCAUUCAACACCAGAGAAUUCACACCGGAGAAAAGCCUUACCUAUGCAAUGAAUGUGGAAUGUCUUUUAGUCAUAGUCGUGCCCUACGGAUUCAUCGUCACUGUCACCUUGAAAGAAGUCCUUAUGAGUGUAGUCAGUGUGGGAAAUCUUUUACUUCUAAUUCUUCCUUCAUGUCACACCAGAGAAUUCACACUGGAGAAAAGCCUUACGAGUGCAGUGAAUGUGGGAAGGCUUUCACUGCUCGUUCUCUUCUCCGUUCUCACCAGAUUGUUCAUACUGAAGAAAAGCCUUAUGAAUGCAGUGAAUGUGGCAAGUCCUUUCCCCGAAAAACUACGCUCAAUGCACACAUAAAGGUUCACUCAGCUGAACGGCCUUAUAAGUGUAAUGAAUGUGGGAAAUCAUUGAAGUAUAGAUCGACAUUCAUAAAACACCAGAGAAUUCACACAGGAGAAAGGCCUUAUGAGUGCAGUGAAUGUGGGAAGGCUUUUAUCAGUCAUCCAGCUCUUAUUUAUCACCGCAAGAGUGCACACAGGAGAAAGGCCUUAGGAGUGCUCUGAAUCUGGAAAAUCUUUCAGCUAAAUCUCCACACUUACUCACCAUGAGAAACUACACGGUAGAAAAUGUCUUUAUUGGUGACAUGAUGACCUGAAUGCUCAUGUUCACUAAAAUUUCUAUGUUGAAUACCCAUUCUGAUGGGAUAGUAUUAACAGGUGAUAUCUUUGGGAGGUAUUUCAGUUGAGAAUGGUCAGGAGUGUGGAACACUCAUGAGUGGGGUUAAUAUCAUAAUAUCUCUAAAGCAAGUUUCCUUCCCCUAUCAGUCAUGUGAGGACCCUUGAGAAGAUGAUCUACAAAUCAGGAUGCUGGUGCACCAGUCACAGAACCAGGCCAUAUGCGGAAUGGUAGGUCAGAUAUACAGCCUCCACAACUGGGAAACUUCUUGUUUGUUUACAAGCCCCCUCCUUUGUGAUACUUUGUUAGAGCAGCCUGAGCUGAGACAAAUGUGAAGAAUAUGGGUAAUCUUUUGACCAAAGAUAGAGUUUUGAAAUCCGAAUUCACCUUGGAGCAGGGCCUCAUGGGUGAGGUACAUGACCAUUCCUUUAGUCCAGUGAUCUGUCUUCAUUCCACGCUCAGAGGUCACACUGCAGAAAGACUUCAGAGUAGCAGAGAAGGUGAUCUUUCCUUGCUUCGUGUAAUCACAGUGGAGGAGAACCGUUUGCGAGGCAGACACCUACCUGAGUUGAACUUUGUUCACCUGAAUGUCCAGAGGGGAGUGACUUACCAUAAUUUGAAGCUAUUUCAGAAAAAUACAGAAGCUGCGUUGUGCUUUUGCUGUGUUUGGAGUCAUUGCUCAAUUGAGAUCACUGCCAGUUUCUGUAGCAAAAGUCACUUCACCCCUGCCACUUGCCAGGUUCCCAUCAUGUGUAUCAGCCACCACCCACCGUGCUCAAGCAUGCUGACCUCUGCGCUUUGUCAUUGGCGACGGACAUUGUGGGUAAUUGGAACUCCUUGUUCCCUUCUAAGUCUGGACGUGGAUGUGACCCAGUGUUGACCAUCCUACCUGAACUGAGUUUCGGGUGGUGUCUUGCAGAGAGGCUGAGUCUCUUAGGACGUUGUUGGUCUCCUGAUGUUUGUGAUCAAUGUGUGCAGCACCCAAGUCACCAGCACAGGAAUUUGGUGCCCUGUUUUGCUCUGGUUUAUGCAUUAAUAAAUGCCUUUUUUGUUUAGUUACCUUUAACCUUAUGUGUUGUAUUCACUCAAAGGGGUUGUUUGAGAGCAGAAUUGGCGUCUGCCGGCAUGAAGAAGUGAACAGAUUUCAUUGCAUCCCAAACUUACUGUGUCUUGGAUGAUUGUAAAUAAAAAAAUAACUACGACA